UUAAAUUUUCUUUCCCGAUAGGCAUGUUUUAUUGCAGUUUCGGUGUCAUAAGAUAUAUUUCUUUGGUCUAGAAUGUGAGAGCUUCCUUGCUGCCAAAAGUCACACUGUAACAAUCAAUGGAAUAUCACUAAGAAAUAAAACCGAGUCGGCAUCUAUUUAUAGUACAAUAAUAUACAAAAUUAAAUUUUCUAUCUGCUGGUGUAAGGUUUUAUACAAAAUAAAUUGGGGCUCAGUACGAAAUUCGAUGUUAAAAACUGCAGACCAUGAUUAUCACCUGCAGCUGCGCACAGUUUACUGUACUGCUAUCGCUAGCGAACGCCAGCGCUCUCAUUUGAUUGGUUUAACGGCGUGUUCGUUGCUGACGGAGAACAUCCCUGAUUUUUGAAUUUGUUUUGAUUAGGCCGAUUAGGCACAUUGGAAUUUUCAAUUUAAAAUUGUGCAGCUUGUUGAUGGUAGAAGUUGUGAAGCGCAUAACAUAAAAGAGUUGUGUAGAGAUUGUAUGGGGUGUUGGCGUUUUUGUAGUUUCCUUUUUCUUGUGCUCUUUUGAGAUCUUUGCAGGGGUUGGAAAUUUGCAAUCACACGGAAACAGUUUUUUUUUUGUUUUCAUGCCACAAUUAUGGGCAACACGGCAGGGCAAAGUUUGCCUCAAGUCCUGGCUCGUUCGUAGCCUUGAUUUGCAUUCAAGAAAGCAGGUCUGUGCCCGAAUGGAUGCUGCACAUUUUUUAUAUUCUUCAAAGCAAUCGAGGUUCAUUUGCCGAUGCUGCAUGGAGUAUGCGAAGCAAAGCAGUGUCAUGCUGACGCGGAGACGAAGACGUGAGUAUGAAACAGACUACAAUACUUGGCAAAAAGGUUGUAUCUGGCGGUGGUUCUGGAGACAGCGCGGUUCGAUCCAGCUGUGGGCCGGACGUCACCCAGCAGAAAUGGCAGCGUGUUAUCACCAGCUACGAGAGCGCCACGCGACCACGAUGGGACUGCCAACGAUGGCCUGCUCACCGACAGCUCCCGCCAGCCGGCGGCGUUCCGCCAGCCAACGGCGUUCUGCCCGCCGAUGGUGGCCCGACGACCGACGGUCGCUCGCCGGCCGAAGGUGAUCCGGUGGCCGAACGAGGCUCGCCGACCGACGCCGGCCCGCCCGCCGACGGCGCCCUGCCAGCCGACCGCGUCCCGCUCGCCGACGGCGUCGAUACGCCGGCGCGCGUGUCGACAUUGAUCAGAAACGAUCACAUUAUGUCCAGGUCAUUAGUCGCGGGCGCUCGAGCUGACGGUGUCGUCUGACGGCUCCACGGAAACCAGCGCCGCCUCCGCCGAGAACAUCCGACUCCUGAAAUGCUAAUGGCCGUACACGAACAAGAGGCUCUAAACAUCCAGGUGCAGGAUAAGCGCCAUGCUCAGAGGCGUCAUCUGGAGAAGGCCGCACAGUGCACUUAAGGCUGAGCUCGGGUGUAGUGCGCGCAGACAGAUAUGAUCAACUGACGGGCCGGCCAUCAGAUUUCAGUACGGAACUCAAGAUGAUUGGAGCCGACGUGGUUCGGUUGAUGGUGUGUCAGGGUUGAUUGAGAGUGGAGGCGAAACACCCGGAUCUGUGAAUGAUACGCCGAUACGGAUCUCGACGUCGUCUCGCAAUUUGUGCUAUGUAAUAUGACGGCUAUGCCGUGGUAUCAUUCACUCUCGAUGCGCUAAUAGAUAAUAAAUAGGACAGAGACUGGAAUUAAGAUUAUUAUAUUUGGAUGUAAGGGGCAGGUUUUGGCCAGCGCUAUAUUAUAAAUCGUGAGCGUGCUAGUUGCAAUCAAUCGCGCGCUUCUUGCUGAGCAUAUGUGAGCGAGAAAAUACUUUCUCUGGAACGUUCGUCGUAAAAUAUGUCUAUCUUUGGAAUAAGUUGUCAGAACAUGAAUGCAUUUUUGGUGUCCACUGCAGCUGCUGUUCUGGAACAGAAACAUGCCGAGAUCGGCUGUGUAGGUAUGUACUAUGUACGCUGUGGCAAAAUCAAGCAGCCGUACCAUGAAUCAAAAGCGAUAUGUGAAUUAAAGUGGAUAUAUUUCACUAUUUUUUCAGUUUUAUCAUACAGAUCACAGAAAUGCGUCAAAUACUGAUCACACCCGGUUCCAAACAACUAAACGCUUGCGAUCACUGGAAAGUAAAUAAACAAUAGAUACCCA